AUGAGCCAUAGGGAGGUGCUUCGCCAUGCUUCUCUAUACCAUCUCACUGGCACGGCUCUGUCUUCUGUAUACACCUAUGCAUCUAACCCCGACCAUUUCCAAACAGUAUACACCAAAGCCCUCACCGGUGCCCCCUUUCUUUACAUUGCUUUUAAGUAUAACAUUGCAUUCUGGGCCAAGGAACUGGUGGAGCAGGUGGGUAACCUGGUUAGAUAUAAAUUCCAUACUUUCGGAGGACAUUUUCCAGCCUUGGAUAACCCUCCCGCCCUGGUAGAGGAUAUACAGGAAAUUGCAGAAUUUUGGCAGGCUUGA